CCGGGCCAGGUUGAGGCUGUCAGUCUGCUGGAGUGGCCCUCCGGUGGUGCACCUCACGCUACCCCGCCCUCAGCCCUCCUCACUCCUAACUUUGUGCGUGUGAUUACCCGGACGCUACACCCUUACUCUAGUGUCAUUACUCAUUAAUCAAAACAUAUAUUUUGUGCAGUACAGUGGUUUAAUAUCCAGAUGUGUGGGUAAAGUUGUAUAGCGCGACACAACUAGUAUGCAACAUUAGAGUGUCACACUUUACUGGAUGGUGCGAGGUAUUGCGGUGGUGCUGGUGGAGGUGAUGUCUGAGUGACCACUAGCGGCUCCUGGCCACGGAUCUACGAGUCUUAGCCACGCCUCUAAAGCCCCCGGUCAUAGGUGUACGUACAGCUGGAUCAGGGAGGGUGGCCGGACGAGGGGUCAGUGCUAAGUGUAGAUCCGUGAUGUGUGCUUAGUGUACUGCUCAUGUGGUGUUCGCCAGACGACGAUGAUCAUCAUAGUGUUGUUGUGAAAGUGUUGCAUAAUGCAGAAGUGGUUUAAGAGUCGUAGUGGCGGCGGUGAGGGCGGCAAUGGUCGCGCACCGCCCAUGGGUCUCGGGAACUCCUUGAAGGGGCGCGCCUCCCUGCGUGACACUCAGGCUGCCCUGGCCACCGCCCUCGAGACCCUCUCCGUCAAGGACAAUGCCAUCAAACAACUGGAGGACGAAUUGCGUGAGAAGGAAGCCACCAUUGCCACCCUUAACACCCAACUUGACAAACUACGCUCGGUGUUGCCGCCUCUCACGGGUAGAGCUAACUCUUUGCACGGUCGGAUUUCCCUACGUUCUUUGACUUGCCGCAACAACAACAACGAACAUCAUAACCGCAAUAGCCUCCAAAAUGACCGCUUCUACACCCCGCCCUCCUCUUACGCGGGGAUCUGCGAGGGCGUGUGCGAGGGAGCCGAGGCCAGGGUCAAGAGGACGGCCAUCUCUGCCGAACCCGCCGCUCAGGACUUCGAGGAGUUCUAUGACCCUGACUACGCCCCGAUGGUCAUCCCCAAGAGCGAGAAGUAA